AGCUCCUACGCCAUCUUCAGCGCCGAGAAGAGGCCGCAGCAGCUCAAGGAGAAGGGGCUGAGCUUCGGAGAGAUCUCCAAGGAGCUUGCGAGCAUGUGGAGCGAGCUCUCGCAGGAGGACAAGGCCCCCUAUGAUGAGAUGGCGCGACUGGAAAAGCUCAAGUACCAGGAGGAGUCAGAGGAGGAGAGG